GUGGAGGCGGAGGCGGUGAUGGUAGUGCAGUCUGGCCACACCACCGGCGACGACGAGACGCGGGACUGCAGCCAACUCUGAGCAGCUAACAAGGAUGAGGAGGGCUACAGUGUGGGCAUCUGCAGUACUGGUCCUGUGCCUGGCGGGCCGCUGUGAGUCGGCCAGGAUCCUCUGCCUGAUGACCACCGUCUCCCACAGCCACCACAUCUUCAACCGGGCCCUCACCCUCGAGCUCGCCAAACGCGGUCACCAGGUGACUGUGUUCACUCCAGACCGGGAGAAGAAACCCGUUCCCAACCUCCGGGAGAUCCUGAUAGAAGGGGCAUACGAGGCUGCACAUGAAGAUUUCGGCUACGAGACCUUCGCUGAAAUGAGUGAGAUGGACAUGGUUGGCGAAAUUUUCGGCUGGGGUGUAACCACUUGCCGUCACACCUUAAAGUCGAAAGGCGCCCGACACCUGCUAGAACUGGCGAAGAAAGAAGCUUUCGAUCUCGUCAUCAACGAAUACGGCCUACAGGAAUGCCUGCUGGGAUUCGUCAGCAAAUUCGGCAACCCUCCAAUGAUCGGCAUCGCAGCCUACCCCAGUCCUCCAUGGGCAAAUGAGGUGGUGGGGAACUUCCAGAACCCGUCCUAUGUGAACACUUACAUUUUGCCUUUUACGGACCACAUGACAUUCACGCAGAGGAUGCAAAACUUUCUGCUCGAUAACUAUGCGUCUCUCUACCGCAGGUUUUUGUACAUGCCGCAGCAGGAUGAGCUCAGCAGGAAGUUCUUCGGCGACUCUACGCCGCUGCCCAGCGAGGUCGAGAAGAACGUCAGCUUCGUGAUGGUCAACACCCACUUCAGCACGGACUACCCCAAGCCGCUGGUGCCGGCCAUCAUAGAGAUCGGGGGGCUGCAAGCGAAACCUCCACAGCCGCUACCCAAGGACCUGAAGGAUUUUCUCGACUCUGCAAACGAAGGGGCUGUCUUCAUGAGCCUGGGCACCAACAUCCGCAGCGAUAAGCUUGGCGAAAGCAGCAGGCGGGCCUUCCUGGAGGCCUUCCAGGAGCUGCCCCAGAAGGUGCUCUGGAAAUGGGAGUCCGAAUCCCUGCCUAAUCAGCCGUCCAACGUCAAGAUCAUCAAGUGGGCUCCUCAAAACGACAUUUUGGCGCACCCCAAUGUGAAGGUGUUCAUAAGCCAUGGGGGGAUGCUGAGUACCAUGGAGGCGGUGUACCAUGGCGUCCCCAUAGUUGGUGUCCCAUUCAUGGCGGACCAGUACCCCAACCUGCGCAGAAACGUGGCCAGGGGUACAGCUGUCGAACUGGACACACUCAGGUUGACCAAGGAGUCUGUCUUGGAGGCGCUCAACAAAGUUCUCAACGACCCCAGCUACGAGCAGCGCAUGAAGCGGCUGUCGGCCAUCUACCGGGACCGGCCGCAGACAGCCCUGGAGACGGCCGUCUGGUGGACGGAGUACGCCCUGAGGCACCAGGGGGCGCCCCACCUGCGCUGCGCCUCGCUGGACCUCCACUGGUUCCAGCGCUGGCUGCUCGACGUCAUCGCCUUCCUCCUGCUGGCCGCCGCUGCCGCGUCCUCAGCUCUGUACCUCCUCACCAGGAAGGUCCUCUCGGCGCUGUUCCAGGAGGGCGGCAAGCUCAAGAGGUCGUGACACAGCAGUCCAGCUAUGGUGGCUGGCGACCCUGACAGUACAGACAAAACUUCCCAGUGUUCCAUAGUCUACAUUCUCAUUCAAUUCUUGUCAGAAUUGUAUCAUUCUUAUCACAAACGAGCUGCAAAAAGAAAUUGUAUUUAGUUUCUCUCA